CCAGGAAAUUUCACUUUGCUAUGAGAACCUAAGAUGGAUCCAGAAGAGCAGGAGUUGUCUGGUGAUUACAGAUAUAGAAAUUAUUCUUCAGCAAUUGAGAAAGCUUUGAGAAACUUCGAAUCAUCAAGUGAAUGGGCAGAUCUUAUAUCUUCCCUUGGCAAACUCAAUAAGGCUCUUCAGAGUAACCUGAAGUAUUCUCUAUUGCCAAGACGUCUGAUUAUCAGUAAAAGAUUAUCUCAGUGCUUGCAUCCAGCGCUGCCUAGUGGAGUACAUUUAAAGGCACUAGAAACCUAUGAAAUAAUCUUUAAAAUUAUUGGGACAAAAUGGCUUGCCAAGGACUUAUUCUUGUACAGCUCUGGUUUGUUUCCUCUUCUGGCAAAUGCAGCAAUGUCAGUGAGGCCUGUUCUCCUUGGUCUAUAUGAGAAAUACUUUCUUCCUCUCCAAAAAUCUCUCCUUCCUGGUCUUCAAGCCUUUGUAAUUGGACUGCUGCCUGGAUUGGAAGAAGGAUCAGAAAUUUAUGACAGAACAGAUGCUUUGCUUGUGAAGCUCUCCUUAUUAAUGGGCAAAGAAGUGUUCUAUGGAGCACUCUGGGGCAGUGUUCUGGUCAGCCCGUCCAUCAGGCUGCCUGCUUCUCUCUUUGUUGUCAGUCAUAUCAACAGAGAGCUGUCUGGAAAACAACAGAAGUACAUGCUCGGCACUGAUUAUAAGCUCACAAUAAAGUCUUUGUGUGUAUCAGUAUUGGAUUCGAAUGUCCUUGUGCAAAGAAACACUCUAGAAGUGAUUCUGUUCUUCUUCCCAUUUUAUACAGCCUUGGACCGCAAUGAAAGCGCUAUCCUAUUGCACAGAACUGAUUUAGUCUAUAUUCUCUCAUCAGCUACGCAGACACUGUUGAGGAGAGACAUGUCACUCAAUAGAAGAUUAUAUGCGUGGUUGCUAGGCUCUGAUAUUAAAGGGGAUAAUUUUGCUCCAGACUCUACAACUUCUGAAGACCGUGCUAUUUAUUUUUUUGGAAAAUACUCCAAAGAUCUUUUAGUUGAGAGCUUAAUUGAAAUAUUACAUCAGAAAUUCUCAGAGUCUGAUAUGGACGAACGGCAUCAAGCUUAUUUGAAACCUUUCCGCAUCCUAAUCAGUCUCCUUGACAAACCUGAAAUAGGGCCACAGGUUGUUGGAGAUUUGUUCCUUGAAGUGAUUAGAGCCUUUUAUUCAUACUGCAAAGAGGCACUCGGUUCUGAUCUCAAACUUAGCUACAAUCAAAGUGGCAACAUCCUUUCAAGUGCAAUUAAAGAGAAUAAAAAUGCUUCAGAAAUUGUGAAAACAGUGAAUUUGUUGAUCACGUCCUUGAGCACAGAUUUUCUGUGGGAUUACAUGACCAGAUGUUUUGAAGAUUGUUUCAGAAACAAAUCCACAAAGAUGAGAUAUCCUCUUGAAAACGUUAGCACUCCUCCUACAGUUUCAGAGCUCUGCACGCUGUUGGUGUUUCUGCUUGACGUGAUUCCUUUGGAACUCUACUCUGAAGUGCAAACUCAGUAUCUUCCACAGAUGCUCAGUUAUAUGGUGCAGUCUCUCCUGGAAAACAUGGAAAUGCUAGGUUUACCAGAACUCACCCAUGCCUUAAAGACUUGCUUUAAGGUGCUGAGCAAAGUGCAAAUGCCGCCUUCCUAUUUGGACAUUGAGACAGGCAGUGGAAAUGGGAGCCCAGUGAAAAAGGAAAAUGGGGACAUAACCUUGGAGACUAAGUCUGUGCUGCAGGAAGAGGAUGAGACUCCAUUCCCUCCCCUGAAGUCAGAAGACAGCGGCAUUGGUCUAAGCGCCUCUUCCCCAGAGCUCUCUCAGCACUUAGGGCUGCCAGCUGUGACCCUUGAGAGAGACGAUGUCUGGAAAAAAGGAGGAAGCAUUCAGAAGACUUUGCAUUGUGUCCAAGAGCUGAUUGCCAAGUUUUCCAGUAAAUACAUUUUUGGGGUGCAGUUGCAAGAAGCAAGUAAUGAAAGCAUCUCUGCAGUGCAUCUAGGUGGAAGAGAGAAAAAAGAGAAUGGCUACAGAUUACCUGAAAGUGCUAGCAAGAAAAAGAGCCCCUGGGAAGCCAGGCAAAUCACUGUACCUCAGUUUAAACAAAUGCUUUCAGACUUGUUCUCAGUUCGAGGAUCACCGUUCAAGCACAAGAGUUCAAAUGCUAUUUCUUCCAGCCACAACCCUGGUAGCAAAAAGCAAAAGGAGGAAGAGGAAUGGGACUUGGAGCAAGCGAUGCUUGUCCUGGGACCCCUUAGAGGAGACUGCAAGGAAGCUUUUGCUGCCGCUUGCCACCUUUUAUUGGAUUGUACCACAUUCCCAGUCUAUCUUUCGGAAGAGGAGAUGGAACAGUUGUAUCUCUCUCUGUUUCAGAUUCCUGGUUGUGAUGCCAGCUUCCCUCUGUGGCUGAAGUCCUUAAUGACAAUUUGCUGCUGCGUGAAUGACUGCUACGUUCAAAAUGUGUCCAUCUCCACGCUCUUGGAGGUGAUCAACCACUCCCAGUCCCUGGCGCUUGUGAUAGAAGACAGAAUGAAGAGGUACAAAGUCUCUGGCCACAACCCCUUUGGAAAACUGCAGAUGGUCACCCUUCCUCCCAUUGCUCCUGGAGUUCUAAAGCUCAUCUCAGAGAAAACGUAUUUCUAUCAGAGAAUAGCUUGUGUGCUCUGGAAUCAGCUGAACAAAGAGACACGGGAGCAUCAUAUUGCCUGUGUGGAGCUGUUCUACAGGCUACACUGCUUGGCACCAUCAGCAAAUAUCUGUGAAGACAUUAUCUGCCAUGCACUUUUGGAUCAUGAUAAGGCGACGAGGCUGGAGGCACUGUUCAGAUUCUCUGUCAUGUGGCAUCUGACCAGAGAGAUCCAAGGCAGCAGAGUGACUUCUCACAAUCGAUCCUUUGAUAGGUCUCUGUUUGUGGUACUGGACAGUCUCAAUUGUUCAGAUGGCGCAAUUGGUGCCGCAGCACAGGGCUGGCUGAUCCGUGCUCUUUCACUUAAUGAUGUUGCACGGAUUCUUGAACCAGUCCUGCUGCUGCUGCUUCAUCCAAAGACACAGCGCACCUCCAUCCACUACAUCAAACAGAAAAAUUCAGCAGAAGAUAUUCGUGAUUGGCUUCACAAGAAAAAGGUCUCUUUGAAAGAGUCCAUUGGAGCAUGUGAGAGCAAUUCUGAGGAAAACCUUCCACUGAGCCAGUUUACUACCGUGGAUAGAGAAGCUAUUUGGGCAGAAGUGGAAAAAGAUCCAGAGAAGCCCCAGUUAAAAACUGAAGAGUCUGAAAAUACCUCCUGUAAUGCAGUAACUUCACAUGAGGCAGAUGGUGACCAAGAUAAUAGUGAGCACACAGAAUCAGCUGACACCAGCACAAGCCAUGAUAGUGAAAAUACAUCUUCUUUUUCUCCUUCACUGGAGCUCCAAGAAGUGAGCAAUGAGGAAAAUGAUAGUGCUGCAAUGGAUAUCAAAGAGAACAUAAAGCAGGCAAGUUCUCUCAGUGCAGUCCUCCCUGAAAGCUCCAAAUCCAGUAUAGCACUAAAUCUUGUGCGUGCUGACUCUGAGAGGACUCAGGCAUCAGAAUCUUUGUCGAGUGAUGAAGAGGUGGACUUGGAGCUCCAGGAAAUUACCAAUUCUAGGUUGCUCAAGCAGCAGAAGGAAAAACAGGAGAUGAUUGAGGCUCUGUUCAAACACAUGCUGUUAUAUUUGCAGCCUUAUGAUUCCAAGAGGGUACUGUAUGCUUUUUCUGUUCUGGAGGCAGUACUCAAAACAAACCCUAAAGAAUUUAUUGAAGCUGUAGCUAGUACUAGCAUGGAUACUAGCUCCACAGCACAUUUGAAUCUAAUUUACAAUCUUCUAGCUCGCCAUCAGGAAGCUCUCGUAGGACAAAGUUUUUAUGGCAAGCUUCAGACUCAGUCCCCAACCAUGUGUCCCCAUUCUCUCCUUAUAGAACUGCUCACGUAUCUCUGUCUGAGUUUUUUGCGCUCGUAUUACCCAUGCUACUUGAAGGUCACACACAGAGAUAUGCUUGGCAACAGAGACGUUCAGGUAAAAAGUGUGGAAGUCCUGAUUAGAAUGAUGACCCAGCUGGCUACCAUGGCAAAGUUAGCAGAGAAUAAGAAUCUAGAGUUCAUACACAAUUUGCUAGGAAGAUGCAAAAUUCAAGAGUUUGUUCUGCUUUCUUUAUCUGCAUCUAUGUAUACAAGUCAGAAACGGUAUGAACUACUUACGGCAGAUGCAGUAAAUAAUGUUCCUGAGGAAGACCUCUUUGAAGAGAGCCUAAUCAAUUUUGGGCAUGAUCAAAUAUGGAGCGAACACCCACUCCAGAUAGAGUUGCUGAAGCUUUUGCAGGUAUUAAUUGUCUUGGAGCACCAUCUUGGGCAGACUCAUGAGGAGCAGGAGAAUCAGCCAGACCUCUCUAAGGAAUGGCAGCAGGCUCUUAAUUUCCAGCAGGCCAUCGGUGCAAUGCAGUAUAUCUAUCCACAUCCAAUAACUUCACAGGGAUUAUUUGUCUCUGCUGUCGUUAGAGGCUUGCAACCAGAGUAUGGCCAUGGGAUGCAUCCCACUUGGGUAGGCUUAGUCACGUGUUCCCUGCCCUACUUUGGAAAGUCCUUAGGCUGGACUGUGGCACCAUUUGUUGUACAAAUAUGUAAAAACCUGGAUGAGCUUGUCAAACAGUAUGAAAAUGAAACUCUGAAGACAUCCAUGAAAACAUCAGCAAGCUUAACCUCUAAAAGAGAAAAUGUUACACCUGAUUACCCAUUAACUCUUUUGGAAGGUCUGACAACCAUUGGUCACUUCUGCCUUCUGGAUCACCCUCAUCAAACUAAAAAGUCAUCAUGUGUAGCUGAACCUGCAAACCUGAGAAACGCAAGGAACGCCAUUUUGGAAGAAUUGCCUCGUAUCAUUAACACCAUGUCUCUUCUGUGGAGCAUUAUAAAGAGGGAAGACUGUCAAAAAAGGCCGACUGACUUUUUUGGAACAACUAAAGGCUCUUCUUCAGUCUAUUUUAAAGCAACCAAGACUUUAAAAACUAAAAUAUUGGACUUUCUGAAUCCACUGACAGCACAACUUGGAAUCCAGUUAAUGGCAGCAAUUGCAGCAGUAUGGAACAGCAAGAAACCUCGUAGGAAUCAAAGUAAAAUAAAGAUUCUUCCAGUGGCUAGUGCAUCUCAGCUUGUUCUUGUGGACUUGAUAUGUGCACUUAACACAUUGAAAAUUGACACUAUAUUACAACUAGUCAAAGAAGUAGUGAAGAAACCAUCGCAAAUCAAAGGCGAAGAGAAAUCUUCUCUUGUAGAUAUUCCAGCGCUGCAGUUCAGUUAUGCUUUCAUUCAAAGAUUGCCUGUCUCAGCCUUGCAGGAGAACUUCCAGUCCUUAUUAGGACUUCUGAAGGAGUCUGUGCAGUUGAAUUUGGCUCCUCCUGGACACUUUCUGCUUCUCAGUAUCCUGAAUGACUUUGUGACUAGAACACCUACUCUAGAAAACAAAAAAGACCAAAAAGACUUGCAGGAGGUGACCCAAAAAAUCUUGGAGGCUGUAGGGACCAUUGCUGGUUCUUCUCUGGAACAGACUAGCUGGCUGAGCCGGAAUUUAGAAGUGAAAGCUCAACCUCAGAUUUCACCAGAUGAGUUCAAUGCUGAAGACGUGAAUGAUACAUCAGCAACACCAUCUUCAAUGGUUUCUGCCUCUGCUCCUUCGAUAUACAGCGUCCAAGCUCUUUCACUCCUUGCAGACGUUCUUGCUUCUCUCUUGGACAUGGUUUACCGGAGCGAUGAGAAGGAGAAAGCUGUGCCAUUGAUCUCACGUUUGCUUUAUUAUGUGUUUCCUUAUCUACGCAACCACAGUGCCUACAACAUUCCUAGUUUUCGUGCUGGUGCUCAGUUGCUCAGCUCAUUGAGUGGCUAUGCCUAUACCAAGCGAGCCUGGAAAAAAGAAGUUCUUGAGUUGUAUAUGGAUCCAGCGUUUUUCCAAAUGGACACUUCAUGCACUCAUUGGAGAUCCAUUAUUGAUCAUCUUCUAACACAUGAGAAAACCAUGUUUAAAGAUUUGAUGAAUAUGCAGAGCAGCGCCUUAAAACUAUACCCAAGUUUUGAGCAAAAAGCAAUGUUGUUAAAGCGACAGGCUUUUGCUGUUUUUAGUGGAGAGAUUGAUCAAUAUCAUCUCUAUCUUCCGUUAAUACAAGAACGACUGACUGAGAACCUUCGUGUUGGGCAAACUUCUAUAGCUGCUGCACAGAUGUUUCUCUUCUUCAGAGUUCUUUUGUUAAGGAUUUCUCCUCAGCAUCUAACCUCAUUGUGGCCAAUUAUGGUAACUGAACUGAUUCAGACGUUUCUACAGCUGGAAGAUGAUUUAACUGAGGAAGAUGAACCAUCAAAGAGCAACAGCAAAAUAAGCAGACAGAAAGUAUCAGGUGAUGGCAGUGGUUCCUUACUUUCUGACAUACAGCAGAAUGAUCUGUCCUUGUAUUUAUCGGCUUGUAAAUUUUUGGAUACAGCACUUUCAUUUCCACCUGACAGGAUGCAGUUAUUUCAAAUGUAUAAAUGGGCAUUUGUCCCAGAGAUUGACACAGAGGCGUGUACUGUGACCUCUCAUCUGAUGGAAAAUCAUCAAGAAUGCAGACCACACAUUAUGAGAAUCAUGGAUCUGCUAAAGAGGAAAUACAGGGAAACAAACAAUACUAAUGAGAGAAUUUCCAAAAGGCACAAACUUCCUCUUUUGGACUUCCGUUCUAUAUCUAGCAUCACCCAACUCGUACCCUUCUUCAAGACUCUGUGUUGGGCGUUUACAGCAAAGGGGACUGAGUCUCAGAAUUCUCAUACUUCUGCCUCUCUCUCUGUGGACUACGUUGGCGGUAAUGGCAUAAAGAUCUUGCAACAGCUUGAAGAGAGUGUCGAAUGUGACUUUCUUGAAAACAUGGAAAGUUAAGCCUUGUGGCAGAUGUUUCACUCAUGUUGAAAAAAUAGUGAAACAAAGGUAAAACAUUACUCAAGGUGGUGAAACUCCUGCAGUUCUUCACUUUUUCUUUUUCCACCCCCUAGUUUUGAAACUGCAUUUUGGGUUUUCUUCCUGCUGUUGUGGAGUGCGCUUCAAUAAUCUAAGCUUCCCAGGUGGUGUUAAAAAGCAAGGAUUCUUUUGUUCAGCUCCUGUAGGAGGAAAAAAGAAUACAGUUUAGUGGUAAUUUAUUGUAGUUACUGUAUUCUUUUACUUGCUUUCAAUGUGAAUGAUGAACGAGUUUUUUGUAAAUAAAGGAAGAGUAUUUUUGACUUGGUGAAAGUAGAAACUGUACUGUUUAUCCAGUAACUUCUCACGUGAGUAUUUUAAACUGCUUUUUGGAGCUGUCCUGAAAGUGAAAUUAGGAAAAAGCUAAUAUUGCAUGUCAGCGUACAAUCAGUUUGCAGAUGAGCCAUUUUCUGACAUUAAAGCCCACUUCUACGUCUCCUUUCUUUAAUGUGUCCCAAAACUUACCAACUUAACUUCUAAACAAAUCAUUGAAAUUUCAAGCAGAUAUUUUAUAAGUUUUAGCAUUGUGCAAAUAACUGUAGACUUACCAUAUUUGUAAUCCCAGUUCUGUAUUAUAGUAGUGUCUUUCAAGAUUAGUGAUUCCUAAAUAAAACAGACACAUGCAUAUAAGACAAACCUAUGCAGCAGCAUUUUGUAACCUGCACCACCUAAGGUUUUUUAUUUUAAUAAUUGACUAAAAAUAUUCUAAUUCAGUUUUUUAAAUGAAAGAGUUUUGUUCUUUCAGUGACUAAGGUCACUCUGCACUUCAGAAAUGCAACCUGAAUGAAGAUAAUCCUGUAAAAAUAGAAAUUGCUGUUCACAAGCAGCCCAAUUCAAACUAAAAGAAAACUGCAUUUUUUAAAGAACACUUUUAUGUAAGUGUCCCUGUGUAUAUAUACACGUGUGCGUGUGUGUGCGUGUGU